AUGGAAAUUUAAGAAAAAAUUAAUUAAAUAGAUAUUGAAAAUUUUCCAAUAUUUGAAUUAGAUAAUAUUAUAAAAGAGCACAAACCUUAUUUUAAAAAAAUUUUUACCCUUUUUUAAUAAAAACUAGAUUAAAUCAAUUAAAAUGAAGGUUCACUUUUAUAAUUUGCGAAAAGUUAUUAAAAAUAUGGUUUUAACAUAACAUAAGAUUACUUAAUUUAUAAAGAAUAUGCCCCAAUGGCUAAAGAAGUAUAUUUAUUCGGUGAAUUUAAUAAUUGGAAUCGCACAUAAUAUCCACUUAUACGCGAUUAAUAUGGUAAUUUCGAGAUAAAAAUACCAUUAAAAAAUUCAAAUAAACCCAUAAUACCCCACAAUACUCGUAUAAAAGCACAUGUAGUUACCCAAUCAGAUAAAGGAGUAGACAGAAUUCCUGUUUGGUGCAAAAAACUAUACCAAAAUAAUCAAAAUAAGAUAUUCGACGGACUUUUUUGGCACCCAGACCCACCAUAUAGCUUCCGAAACCCAAAGCCUUAAAAAAAGCACGCUCUUAAAAUCUAUCAAGUCCAUAUAGGAAUAUCAGGAAAAGAACCCUGUAUCUACACAUUCAAUGAAUUCAGAAAAAAUAUUCUUCCACGAAUCAAAAACCUAGGUUAUAAUUGCAUUUUAUUAAUGGCUUUAGCCGAACAUGCUUAUUAUGGUUCUUUUGGAUAACAUGUAACUAAUUUAUUCGCUAUUUCAAGUAGAUUUGGUACACCAGAAGAACUUAAAAUGCUCAUAGAUGACGCUCAUGGAAUGGAUUUACAUGUUUUAAUGAAUAUAGUUCAUUCACAUGCUAGUAAUAAUGUUAAUGAUGGUUUUAAUUAAUGGGAUGGUAGUGAUUUUUAAUAUUUUAAAGGAAACCAUGAUUUAUGGGAUUCCAAAAUAUAUAAUUAUAAUUUGUAUGAAGUUUAAAGGUUAUUACUUAGUAAUUUAGCUUGGUUUAUGAUAGAAUAUAAUAUGGAUGGGUUUAGAUUUGAUGGGGUUGGUUCCAUGUUAUAUACACAUCAUGGGAUUGGUGUAUAGUUUAAUGGUAAUUAUAAGGAAUAUUUUAAUGAUAGUACUACUGAUUUCGAUGCUAUCGUUUACUUAAUGUUAAGUAAUUUACUUGUACAUACUAUUUAUGAAGAUGCUAUUACUAUAGCUGAAGAUGUCUCAGGUUAUCCCAAUCUAAGCAGAAGUAUUUUAGAAGGGGGGAUAGGUUUCGACUAUAUAUUAUUUAUGGAUGUACCUGAUAUGUUAAUAGCAUUUAAAUAAAAAAAAGAGGAAGAUUUAAUUAUUUAAGAUAUUAUAUAAACUCUUAUUAAAAGAAAAAAUGAUGAAAAAUGUAUUGUUUAUGUUGAAUGUCAUGAUUAAACACUUUACGGAUUUAUGACUUUAUCUAAUUUAUUAUUUGACUAAGAUAUAUAUGAAUAAAUGUCAGUUUUUAUAAAAGAAAAUGCAAAUACUGAAAGAGGAAUGUAUUUACAUAAAAUAAUUAGAUUAAUUACUAUAGGAUUAGGAGGAGAAGGUUAUUUAAAUUUUAUGGGCAAUGAAUAUGGACAUCCUGAAUAUAUUGAUUUUCCAAGAGAAGAUAAUGGAUAUAGUUAUAAUUUAUGUAGAAGGAGAUGGGAUUUAGUUGAUGAUAAAUUAAUGAAAUUUAGAUAUUUAAAUAGUUAUGAAAAUUAUACAAUAGGAACAAAUAUAGAAGAGGAUCAUAUAAUAAUAUUAGAUACAGAUCAAUAAAAAUUUGGAGGACAUAAUAAAGUAUAAUAAG